AUGAGCGAAGGCGAGCCGGCAGAACCCCGUCAUGGGGUCGGUGAUCCGGUGGCUGCCAUGCAUGAGGGAAACACCGCUGCAGAGGACGAGGAUCGCCGGGUGAUGGCCUUGGCAAGCGAGCUCAGGAUCUCAUCGUCGAUCACGCCCGGCGAGCUCGUCUCUCUGCGCACCACGACUCCGCUGGAGAGCAACGACGAGCUAGACGAUGACGAAGAGGAGGAGAAGGAAGAGGGACGAGUCCAAGAGGAACCAAGCAACAGGGGAGGGCGGACUGGCUUCUUCUUGGACAGGCGACGGCAGCGGGGGAACGACGGCGGCGGCGGCGGCGGCGGUGGCGUCUCUGACUCGUCGAGCAGGAGCAACGGCAACGCCGCCGCCGGCUGCGGCGCCACAGCGAGGGGCUUUCGUCUCCGCGGUGGUGGCGGCAGCGGCAAGAGCAGUACCGGAUUCUCGGGCACCUCGUCCUCUGCCACUACGGGAGGCGACGACGACGACGACACCGAAUCCUGGAUGCGAAGUCCUACCGGCGGCGGCAACGGGGGGAUAGAACUCAAGGACGGCAUCGCGUCGUCUUCCCUCCGUUUCCUUGGCGGUGGUGGCCCAGGCGCCGGCGCCGGCGCCGCCGGCGGUGGGAUAUUUUCGGAAGACACCGCCUCUUCCUCCUCGGCCACGCUCUCGUUGCAGCUACCGUUUUCGGAGGACGAGGCUGCUCUGUUUAACGUGCUUGGACAGACGUUUCAUCCUCCCGCGGACGGCAGCGGCGGCGGCGGUGCGUUGGGCGGCUUGGCGGCCCUGCAGCAAAGGAGGAACUUGCUGCAGGGGCUGGGGCUCGAACUUCCAGGGGGGGAAGCGGCGGUGAGGGCGCGUGUGCUGGGCCUGCAGGAGGAGCUGGUGCACCUAGAGCGGCGUAGGGGCAGCCUCGAGGGAGACCUCAGGCAGGAGAGGGCGAGACACGAAUCGCAGGUUCAGAUCCUCGAGAAGCGGUGGCUAGAGCAGGUGGCGGCCUUGAAGAAGGGCCAGGAGAUGGCCGAGAUCGAGAGAGAUUCGCUGGAGGCGCGGCUGCGGGACAAGAAGGACAUGUACGAGGACCUGGCCCUGAGCGACGCGCUGGCGAGGGAGCUGAGAAGAGUACCCGAGGAGGAACAAACCGUUAAGGAGUACGUGUCACUCAAGGCGUACGAUCUGGUGGCGUCGAGCAAGGCAGAGCUGGAGCGCACCAGAAGAGAGCUCGAGAAGACGCAGGAGCAAUUGCUGGCCACAACGGAAACUGCAGAGCUGCAGCGCAGAGAGGAUGCUAGGGCCCGUCGACUCGCCACCGCGCGGGAGGAGGGUCUGAAGGUGGACCUCGAGGCGUUGAGAGAGCGGGCCGAGGAGAUGAGCGGCAGGGCGAGGGAGGCCCAGCGAGCGGCGGACGAGAACAGCGACAAGGCCCGCGGCUUCGACGAAGUCGAGUCCCUCCUGAGGACGACCCGCCUGGAGCUCGACGCCGCCAGGGCCCUGUCGAAGAGCCAGGCCGCGGCGCUGGUGGAAGUUGCCGAGUCAGAGAAGGCGGCGGCAAGGACGGCUCAGGACGCUUCCCAACGCAGUUUGAUGCUGGAGAUGGACAAGACCUACCUCCAACGAGAGCUCUCCGAGGCUCAGAACAAGGCCGACCGGCUAGACCGAGAGUCCGAAGCGGUGAGCGAGCGCCUCCGGGACCUGGAGCGGUCCAAGGACACGCUUGCGGCGGAACUGGUGUCGGUUCGGGAGCGCACGCGAUCAGAGCACGAGGAGCGCCUGGAGGCGGAGGUUGGCCGUCUUCGAGAGCAGAGCGCCAAGGAGCUGGCGGACAUCCGGGCUAGCGGGAGGGAGGUGUACGAGAGGGAGAACGAGACCCUCAGGGAGGCCAGGAAGGACGCGUUGCAGGACUUGUCCCGCGUGCGGAGCGAGCUUAGCGAGCUGCAGAGGGCCCACGAAGACCUCGUCAUCACCAUGGCCAAGUCCGACGCGGCACACGAGACGGCCGUGGGCGAGGUGCGGAGCGAGCUUCGGCUCAAGAGCUUCGAGCUCAGCCAGCUUGGGGUGGCGCACGCGGAGAAGUGCUCAUCUUUGCGACAGGCGGGGCUAGAGGUGGACAUGCUGAAGGAGCAGGUGGCGGUGCACCGCGCGGAGUUCGCCGAGCUGGAGGCGUCAACCACAAGAAAGACGUCCGAGCUGCAGCUCCUUCUCGUCGGCGAACGAGACAAGGUCCGAGCGUUCGAAGACCUUGAGCUCGAAGUAGACGGUGCCGUCAUGCGAACGGGCAGAGAAAUGCUCCUGGAAGAAAAUGGAGAAGACGGGGGCGGCGGAAAGGAACACGGGCAAGAGGAUGGCGAACACCGCUCAAGCAAUCGGUCCCCGCAACAAACAGCCUCACCACCGCUCCAGUCCGCUUCCGGUGGGCUGGCGGCGUUGCCGGGGGGCUCCGGCGUGUCUGCCGGGGGGGGGGGAGCGGCGAUCCCGAUGGCCCCGCACCGGCGGCUGCGCCAGGCCGUGCUGCUCGCGCACAAGCUGCUGAGGAAGGAGAGGGAGCUGGAGGUGGCGAGGAGCGAGCUGGUCGAACUCGAGUCGAGGGUGGCGUCCUGGGAAAGUCGAGCGGUGAGGGCGGAGGGUUUGUUGGAGAGCGUCGAGCAGCCGACCAAGUACAUGAUCGACUCCAUUCGAGAGAAGGAUGGCGAGAUCGAGGGCCUGAGGGCGGCCCAGCAAAGGCUGGUAGCCAAAACGGAGGCGCUAGAGCGGGCGUGCAGGGAGGCCGCCAAGGAAAAGUCGAUGCUCAAGAAAGACCUGGAGCACCUGGAAGGAGCCCGCAAGGAGGGCCGAGCGGUCCGCGGUCACACGCGGAAGGGGGACGACGGCGGGGAAGAAAUGACGACGGCACCCGCGGCCACCGCGCGGCCGGUUCCGGUGCGGCAGCAGCGUCGCCGCCACCUCGGGAGGGCGAUGGUUCGGAGGGUGAGGCCGGUGGAGCGCCGGCGACGGCACCACCACCAUCGUCGUCGGUGUUCAGCGGCUUCGCUGCGGAGGGAGGGGUGCCGUCACUCCUGCUGUCGGAAAAGCUUACGGUUCACGGGGGUAGGAGGGUCGCCGAGGGCGGGCCUAGGUGGUACUCGUAUCGACAGUCUAGCGCCGUUAGGGUGCCGUCCUAGGAGGAGGGGAAGGGGUACAAUAGUCGAUGUGAGAGGAGAGGAUUCAGCCCGACACUCGGUAGACAUACUGUAG